AUGAAGGGUAAAAUGUGGAACACAACGUAUGACUUGCAGAUUCUGAAAGUCUGUAGAAGAAUCUAUUCCAAAAGUAUAAAAGAAAUCUUCUUUUCUCUCCCAGUGAACAAUCAGAUCUUACUCUGUUGUGAUGGUGCAUCAUUAGGGAAUCCAGGAAUGUCAGGGUAUGGCUUUGUGGGGAGAUCUUCAAAUGGUGAAUGUAUUUUUGCUAUGGCAGGUGGUUUGGGAGUAGCUACAAAUUAUUUUGCAGAAGUCAUGGCAUUAUUGUGUGCUGGAGAAUGGGUUAUCAUGAAUGGCAAACUGGAGGUUAUCUUUAGAAUAGACUCAAGAGCAGUUAUUGCAGCUUUUUCAUCUGGUCACAUUCCAUGGUUUGCAAUCACAAGAUGGAAAAAAAUUAGUGAAGCCUUGAUGUCAUGGAACUUUGUUCACAUUUACAGAGAAGUAAACUUCUCUGCAGAUGCUAUAGCAAAAAAAGGAGCAAAUCUUGCAAGAGGGGAAAGCUUAUUCUUCACAGGAAGACCUCCAUUUUUACACAGUAUGGAAGUGGAAUUUCAACCCUACUAUAGAUUUAGCUAA